CAAACCGUUUUGCCAACGGUGGCUGUAACCUUUUUAGGUUGUACUAGGUGACUGGUUGAGAUUUCAACAGCACCGCAGGCUAGUCUGCCCCCAGUGCGAUGCCCCUCCGGAAGCGUUUGGACCGAGAGUGGUGGCGGGGCGCGUGGCGCCUCGGAUGGCGGGGGCUGCCGGAGGCUGGGGCCCGGAGCCGGAGGAAGGGAUGAGCGGCCCGCCUCCCGGAGGAUCCGCGCGACUACUCAGGAAGUGGCCCGGAAAAUCGCAUAUAAGUCGCGACACCAGUCGGGUCUGUGUGAUUACUCGCCUUUCGUCCCUCCGAACAACACUACAGCCCCGCCAUGAACGACGUGUACAACACUCUCCUCCUCCAGGGGCUCGGCAUCCUCUGCCUGCUGACCUUCGCCUCCGCUGCCGAACUCAGUGACUUUGUGACGCCGUGCAAGUCGGCUGAUCCGGAGCUCAAUGAGUGCGUGAGGCAGGCAGCCCAACGCCUAUUCGAGAUCAGCGCCAAAGGUAUUCCGGAGCUCAACGUACCGAAACUGGACCCGGCCGUGGUGCCUAAACUGGCCCUCGAGAGGGAUGGCGCCCUCACCAUGAACCUCGAGCUCGUGAACUCAACCCACCAUGGCCUCAGCGGGGUUAAGGUCAAGACCGCCAGUGUCGACCCGCACAAGAACGUCUACAACUUCACCGUGCUCAUUCCCCACUACGUCGUGGCCGGCCAGUACGACAUCAGCGGGCGUGUCAUCCUACUGCCCAUCACCGGCCACGGCUCGGCCAACAUCACCUUCAUCGAUACCGAGGGCAGCUGGACGUUCCAGGGCGAGCGAGAGAUCAGAGACGGCGAGUCGUUCCUCAAGCUGACCAGCCUUAAGACUUACAUCAGCCACGACUCGCCCAAGAACGUGCGGAUCCACUUUGACGGCCUGUUUGGUGGCAACAAAGUUCUCGGCGACACGAUGAACCACUUCAUGAAUGAGAACUGGAAGGAGAUCACCAAGCAGCUCAAGCCCAGCGUCCAGGCCUCGUUCGAUCGCCGCCUCCUGCCGGUGGCGCAGAGGUUUCUCGCCAACUUCCCUCUCAAGCAGCUCUACGCCGACCUAUGAGGCUCGACCGCCGCGCAGCGCCGCCCCGAGCGACGCGCAGGCGAGAUGGGUGGCCUAUGCUGAGGCGCUGCCGCUGUGCUCUGCUGUGUGCGAGCUGCACCGCGCCUCUGGCGCCUCGCGGUCACUGACGCGCCGCGACCUGCGUCAUGAUAAGAAGGCGCCAAAUGCCUUCCUGUCUGUCUUCCUUCCGUGUUUCUUUCCCGCGCUCGCCUUCCUUAUUUAUGUUCCUAGGUUAUCGUAUUUAUGUUAUGUUUGUCGGGAAUCAUCUCUAGUCAAUUGUGGAUUGUUCUGCGAAAAAUGAUAGUUUUCUGGUGUGAAUAAUUGUGAAUAGUGUAAAUGUGAUAUGUGAUACGACCCUCGGGCCAAACUCCGCCCGAGGCGAUUUAAAUAAACCCCUUCGCAAUCUUUGCGUA